CGGAAGUUAACAAAAAUAACUAUUACUUCUUUGACUAUAUAUAUAAUAAUAAACAUUAAUUAUGGUAGCUUCAAAUCCAAAAACCUUAUACGAUAAGGUAUUCGAAGAUCAUAUUGUUCAUAAGGAUGAAUCUGGAUCAUACUUAUUAUAUAUUGAUAGACAUUUAGUUCAUGAAGUAACAUCUCCACAAGCUUUUGAAGGUUUAAAAAAUGCUGGUAGAAUAGUUAGAAGAAAAGAUUGUACAUUAGCUACAGUUGAUCAUAAUAUUCCAACUGUUUCUCGUAAAACUUUUAAAAAUGUUAGUACAUUUAUAGAUCAAGAUGAUUCAAGAUUACAAGUUGAAACUUUAGAACAAAAUGUUAAAGAUUUUGAUGUUACUUAUUUUGGUAUGGAUGAUGGUAGACAAGGGAUUGUUCAUGUUAUUGGUCCUGAACAAGGUUUUACUUUACCUGGUACAACUGUUGUUUGUGGUGAUUCUCAUACUUCAACUCAUGGAGCUUUUGGUUCUUUAGCUUUUGGUAUUGGUACUUCUGAAGUUGAACAUGUUUUAGCUACUCAAACUAUUAUUCAAGCAAAAUCAAAAAAUAUGAGAAUUACAAUCGAUGGUGAUUUAUCUGAAGGUAUAACUUCUAAAGAUUUAGUUUUACAUGUUAUUGGUGUAAUUGGUACUGCUGGUGGUACUGGUUGUGUCAUUGAAUUUGCUGGUAAAGCUAUUGAAAACUUAUCUAUGGAAGCUAGAAUGUCUAUAUGUAAUAUGUCUAUUGAAGGUGGUGCACGUGCUGGUAUGAUUAAACCAGAUCAAACUACUUUUGAUUAUAUUAAAGGAAGACCUUUAGCUCCUAAAGGUGCUGAAUGGGAUAAAGCACUUGCAUAUUGGAAAACUUUACAUUCUGAUGAAGGUGCUUAUUUUGAUUAUGAUAUUAAAAUUGCUGCUUCUGAUAUUGUUCCUACUAUAACUUGGGGUAAUUCUCCUCAAGAUGCUUUACCAAUUUCUGCUAGAGUUCCUGAUCCUGCAAAUGUUAGUGAUCCAAUUAAAAAAGCUGGUAUGGAAAGAGCUUUAAAAUAUCAAGGUUUAACUCCAAAUAUUAAAUUAGUUGAUAUUAAGAUUGAUAAAGCUUUUAUUGGUUCAUGUACCAACUCUCGUAUUGAAGAUUUGAGAGCUGCAGCUAAAGUUGCUAGAGGUCAUAAGAAGGCUGAUAAUGUUAAGUUGGUCUUAGUUGUUCCAGGUUCUGGUUUAAUUAAAGCUCAAGCUGAAAAGGAAGGUUUAGAUAAAAUCUUUGAAGCUGCUGGAUUUUCCUGGAGAGAAGCUGGUUGUUCUAUGUGUUUAGGUAUGAAUCCUGAUAUCCUUGAUCCAGAAGAAAGAUGUGCUUCAACUUCUAAUAGAAAUUUCGAAGGUCGUCAAGGUGCACGUUCUAGAACUCAUUUAAUGUCUCCUGCUAUGGCUGCUGCUGCUGCUAUUAAAGGUCAUUUCACUGAUAUUCGUGAUUAUGAUUAUGUGAAUCAUGAUGAACCAGCUGUACAUAUUGAAAAUGAAGAAGAAGAUAAAGCAUUACAAGAUGCUGUUUAUGAACAUGAAAAGGAAAUCAUUGAAGAUACCCCUGGUACUGAAGCUGAACGUCUUAAUGAUAUUCCAAAAUCAAGUGAACCAGCAAGUAAAAAAUCUAAGGUUGAUAGUACAGCUGGUGGUAUGGAUGCUUUCACAGUUCUUACUGGUAUAACUGCUCCAUUAGAAAAGGCUAAUGUUGAUACUGAUGCUAUUAUUCCAAAACAAUUCUUAAAGACUAUUAAAAGAACUGGUUUAAAGUCUGGUUUAUUUUAUGAAGCUAGAUAUACUAAGGACCCAGAAACUGGUAAAGAUGUUGAAACUGAUUUCAUUUUAAAUGUUGGUCAAUAUAGAAAGGCAGAAAUCUUACUUGUUACUGGUGAUAACUUUGGAUGUGGUUCUUCAAGAGAACAUGCUCCAUGGGCUCUUAAGGAUUUUGGUAUCAAAUGUAUGAUUGCUCCAUCAUUUGGUGAUAUCUUUUACAAUAACUCUUGUAAGAAUGGUUUAUUACCAAUCAGACUUCCUCAAGAAGUCAUUGCUGAUAAGUUAUACCCUGUUGUCAAAGCUGGCUAUCAAUUAACUGUUGAUUUACCUAAACAAGAAAUCAGACAUGGUGAAACUGAUGAAGUUUUAGUAGAUAAUUUUGAAAUUGAAGAAUUCAGAAAACAUUGUUUAGUUAAUGGUUUAGAUGAUAUCGGAUUAACUUUACAAAAGGAAGAAUUUAUUCAAAAGUAUGAAGCUAUCAGAAGGGAUAAAUUUUCAUUCUUAGAAGGUGGUUCUAAAUUAAUUAAACCUGUUAAAGGAGCUAAGAAAUCUGUAUAUGGUCUUAAAGCUCAAGAAUGGUAAGAUAUACAUUACGUUAAUUGCUAUAAAUAUUUAUAUAAAAUUUUAUGUACGUUUUAAUGACAAAUCUAAUCUAAAUUUUUUACAUCAGGUACUAAGAAGCACUUAAGGAACCAAUCUUU